AUAAAUAGAGUAAUCGGGCUGAUAUUUUUCACAGAAAAGAUGCCUAUAUCUUCAAACCACAUCUUACCGCUCAUUAUCGUUUGACCAGCUACGACUAAAAACUACAGAAAUAUUUCAACAUUCUUUUUCCAAGGCAAAAAGAUAGCGAUGAUUCGCAUUUCGAUAGACAUAACCAUUGGGAUAGCGAUAGACUAUUGUGAUUACUCAGUAUUACGCAAAAGGAUCACGUUUAGCUUUGAUUUAAACCGCGUUUAGUUACGUAAUAAUGACACAUGCUUUACUGUUUGAACAUAAUCAGCUGUAUACAUCGACUUUAGUGCGAGUGUAAAGAUUGAUAACUGCAUGCGCCAUUCAGUAAGAUAAGAACGUCUCGUCUUAAAUUGGAACGUUUUAGUCCGAACUCCCUCGAGAACCAAGAGUGAUACCAUGUAAUUUCUAGUCAUUCAGCGAAAAUAUUUCCCCGGAAAACGUUUAAAAUUUCGAUAACAACUCACUCAUAAUUGGUAAGGUGGAAGAAUUCAAUCUAAUCAACAAUGAAGGCUCCCCUUGCGAUUUGUUUGGUAUUUGUGGGGUGCUGCACUAACGUAGUUUUUUUGGAGCUUCUUGUCAAAGAGGAUCCUGGAAGCGGUAAUCUUAUCACUUUUUCACAGUUCUUCUUCAUCGCCCUCGAAGGGUUCAUAUUCACUUCAAAAUGUGGUACCGUAAAACCAACCAUAGGUCUUAAGGACUACACCAUCUUAGUUUUUAUGUUUUUCGUCAGCAGUGUCUGUAACAAUUAUGCAUUUGACUUCAAUAUACCCAUGCCGUUACACAUGAUUUUCAGAGCUGGUUCUCUGAUAGCAAACAUGAUUAUGGGGUUAAUAAUAUUGAAGAAGAGAUACGUGUUCAGUAAAUAUCUUUCCGUAUUUAUGAUAUCCUUGGGAAUAUUCAUAUGUACCAUAAUUAGUGGAAAAGAUGUGAAGUCUACUCAGGUCAUUCGAGAAGACAGCGUACCCACGACGCCGUGGGAUGAUUUUUUUUGGUGGACUCUGGGUAUCACUUUAUUAACCGUCGCCCUAUUCAUCUCAGCCAGAAUGGGAAUUUAUCAAGAAGAAUUAUAUGCUCGUUAUGGGAAACACGCCAGAGAAGCCUUAUAUUAUACGCAUCUGUUGCCACUGCCUUUCUUCUUGACUUUAACAAAAAACAUUUGGGACCAUAGCGUGCUAGCUGUAAAUUCGGAUCCGUUAGCACUACCUGUAAUCGGUAUCAGUAUGCCAAAGACAAUCGCUUACCUCAUAGGAAACGUAUUGACUCAGUACAUGUGCAUCAGUUCGGUAUACGUUCUCACAACGGAGUGCGCGUCGCUAACGGUGACGCUGGUCGUGACAUUGAGAAAAUUCGUCUCCCUGAUAUUUUCCAUAGUAUAUUUCUCGAAUCCGUUUACCAUUUACCAUUGGAUCGGAACAUUAUUUGUUUUUACCGGGACAAUUAUCUUCACGGAAAUAGUGCCAAGAAUCCAAGAGGGUCUACGAACACCUCCGAAAACGAAAAAAGCAGAAUAGUCUACCACGAACAAGACGGAAAAUUCUGUCUGGCUCUGUUUACUGAGUUAAAAAAAAAUUUGUUAAAAAAACUAUAUGUUAUUUACGACCUAAACAAUUUCUUACGCUGUUCGUAUUAGCAAUCACACUGGUAAUGAUUUCGGAUUGUAUCAUUCCGUCUUUUUUAGUUGUCAACUCGUUAUCAUAGGCUCGCAAUAUUUUUUGUACAAAGAUAAGCAGGUACGUAUAAUGGUUAAACAGCAAGCGUACGAGUUUCAAAAACUUUGUAUCCAAGUAUGAAAUGUAUAGCUCAAUUUUAGUUCAAUUCUAUUUAAGUCGCCACAAGAGCAGUUGCAGAGAUGCGAAGGGCUUAUACGUUGACCGUCUAAUUUAUCUGACAUGAAACCUAUGGAAUGAAAACAUUACUUGGGAAUAAAGAAGUUUCUAUUUCACCAA